CGCAGGCGGGGCAGAGAGCGGGUCUCGGAGUCGGAGGGAGAAGGACGUCGCUGGAGUGAGAGGAGGAAAAAGGAGCUUCGUUUUGGGGGGAGAUGGGGGUCCUCCUCCUCCGCUGGCCCCCCCUGAUCCUGGGGGCGGCUGCCCACCUGCUCCUCCUCCUGGACUGCGCAGGCUCCACUUCUCACUCCCUGCGCUACUUCUACACAGCCGUGUCUGAGCCUGGCCAGGGCCUGCCCCAGUUCAUCGCUGUGGGGUACGUGGAUGACCAGCAAUAUGUUCAGUACGACAGUGACACUAAGGAGUAUCUGCCUCGCGUCCCCUGGAUAAGGAAGGUGGAAAAGGAGGAUCCUCAGUACUGGCACAGGGAGACUCAGACACUUCAGGGCUCUGAGCUGGUGUUCAGGGUGGAUCUGCAGACUCUGCAGAAUCGCUACAACCAGAGCGGAGGGAUCCACACCCUUCAGCAGAUGUAUGGCUGUGAGCUGAGGUCAGACGGGCGCAAAGGAGGGUAUUACCAGGGCAGCUAUGAUGGCAGAGACUUCAUCGCCUUCGACAAGGAGACCCUCACCUGGACGGCAGCCGAUAUGGGGGCCCAAGUGAGCAAGAGGAAGUUGGAUGCUGAAUUGGCCAGGAACCAGUACACGAAGCACUACCUGGAGGAGGAGUGCAUUGAGUGGCUGCAGAGAUACCUGGAGUACGGGAAGGAGACUCUGCUGAGGACAGAGGCUCCGGUGGUGAAGGUGACCAGGAAGGCAGACUAUGACGGCCUGGAGACCCUCGUUUGCCAAGUCCACGGCUUCUACCCCAAGGAGAUUGAUGCCAGCUGGGUGAAGGACGGGGAGGUGUGGCAGGAGGGCACCCUCCGAGGAUUGGUCGCCCCCAACUCGGACGGGACCUACUAUGUCUUGCUCAGUGUCCAGAUCGACCCCGAGGAGAGGGAGCGCUUCCGGUGUCGCGUGGAGCAUGACAGCCUGGAGAAGCCUCUGGACGUGGCCUGGGAGAAGGAGCCUGUCAACCUGGGGCUCAUUGUGGGGGCCAUUCUGGGUGUCAUGGCUGCUAUCCUGCUGGUCUCUGGGAUCAUCAUCUUCUUCAUCCGCAGGAAAUCAGCCUACGAAGAAACCCCAAAUGAGUGACUUCUCCCCUCUCUCUGUCUGACAUAUUUCCCCCCAAUAUGGAGCAGGAACAGGUUACAAACAGACCAAACCAAACCUGGUGGUGGCCUGGUCCUGAAGCCCAAGACCCUGAUGGGAAGCUUCAGCCUGUCUGCUCAGCCUGUCUGUGGACAGCAAGGGGUCCCUCAGGGCCAGGAAAAGGCUGCAGAGAGACUGUCGGCUGAGGGAGGGGCUCCAAG